AUGGCACCACGACCCCCCCUGCCCCAACCAUCCACCCCCCGACUCUACUUCCUCGACGUGGGCAUCUCGACCUCAGAACUCAAUGGCCGCCUCCUGACCUGCAAGCCGGACGGCUCUGAUCUCCGGGAGCUGAUCACGCAGAUCAACACCAUGCCCGACGGGAUCGCCAUCGACGCAGCCCGGCAACACAUCUACUGGACGAACAUGGGCGUGCCCUCCGCCGAUGACGGAUCUAUCCAGCGCUGCGACCUCUCGGGGCAGAACAUCGUGACCAUCGUUCCAAAGGGCCACACGCACACGCCGAAACAGUUGACCAUUGCCCCGCGCUCCCAGAAGCUGUACUGGUCCGAUCGCGAGGGCAGGCGGGUGAUGCGGGCGAACCUCGAUGGGAGUGAGGUUGAAGUGCUCUCUCGCGCGGUCUCCAGCGACGGCACGGAUACACCUACUGUCUAUGAUUGGUGUGUCGGUAUCGCGGUGGACGAGGAGGCUGGAUUAGUGUACUGGACCCAGAAGGGCCCGUCCAAGGGGAACCAGGGACGGAUCUUCCGGAUGGGGAUCGAGAGGAAGGAGGGUGAGUCGGUGGAGCGGAGGACGGAUGUGGAGUGUCUGCUGGAGGGGCUACCAGAGCCGAUUGACUUGGAGCUGGAUCAUGCGACUGGGACGCUGUACUGGACGGAUCGGGGCGAUCCCCCUCGGGGGAACACAGUCAACGCGGUCGUGCUGGCUGAUCUUGCUGCCUCCAAACAAAAUUUGGAACCAAAGAUCCUAGUGCGCAAGCUUCAUGAGGGCAUUGGAAUCGCGUUGGACGUUGAGAACCAGCGGAUGUUCUUUGGUGAUCUGGGAGGGUCGUUGUAUUGUGCCAAUCUGGAUGGGUCCUGUAAAUCAACUGUCUUGCCCGAUAUUGGGGGCGCCAUUACUGGGGUGGCCUACGUUGGGUUAUAG